GCAAACCUGUUUCUCCAACCUGUUAUUAUUACACAUUAUUUGGGCCUUCUUGUAAAUUCGGCAUGUGUUAGCUGGUUGUGGGUCGUGCUGCAGCGCCCUCAGUCUAACAGGAAGACUCCCAGUCUGAACUCGCCUCUCUGGCUGUUUCCUCCUCACAGUUUACUUUCACUUUCUCUCUCAAAUGUGUCGUAGAUAGUUUUCUCCGUCUGAACCUCCAGCUGAAGGUAAUGUAAUGAAUCUGACAUGUUGGACUCGCUAACACAAACUCUACUUUUCACUGUUACAACGGAAACAGAACAAAAAGUGAAGCUCGGUUGUUUAUUUCUCGACGAACUCGUUUAAGUUUAAACUCGAGACGACGGAGGAGAAACAGCUGCUGUUAAGAAUAUCCGCCAUUUUGUGUCGAUACUUGCGGAGUGUAGCAGGUGAAAUGAGAGUAGAAGUGGAGUUAGUUGGUCAGUGUUUGAACACAGAGUGGUUGUCACUGUGUAGCUCCACUUACUGCUGACUGAAGGCAGCUUCUCCUGCCUGAAUCAGCCUGUGGAGGAGGCCGAGACGAGCCGCCGCUCUCCCGCUGUCUGACGCACUAAACGCGGCUGCAGAGCAGCUGUUUGCCCGGAUGCGGGAACUGGAGUUGCUGAGGGGGCUGCAGCACCCCAUAAAACGAGGCUGUAACAUAGGCCGAAUUUACAAGAAGGCCCGACUCAAUAGGAAUUUGUCAUCGACAGCGUUUCACACAGUUUAUAAAGGUUCUCUGAACUUAACAACUCACUAAAUGGAGGGAUUUCUCAAGGGAGUCUGGGGGCUUCCUCUCCCUCCUCCUCUCCCUGCUGCUGCUGGCUGAUGUACCCAGUGUUGCCAGAUCUCAAGAGACUUUGUAUUUUACCUGUUUCUCUUUUUACCUCUAACAAAACAAAUUAAUUUGAGGAUGGAUUUGAUGACAUGAUUUAGUUUUGGUUUGAUGUCCUGCAGCAGCCAUUUAGUGAAAUAUGUAUUAAUAGAGUCAGUGAGUUGUGGAAUAAUGUGCUCUGAGUUUAAAUGUUAGAAGAGGAAGUCGACUUUAACACAUUUUGUCCUUCAAGAGUGUUUCUGAGCCAAAGGCUGAUUUCAGUUGAUGUGCAGAUGAAUGAUUUGUGUUUCCUCUCCAGAUGAAAGUGUGUGUGAGAUGAGCAGCAUGAAUCAGUGUGAGGACAGAGAGAAGGGAGGCCCUCCCUCUAAAACCACUGGACCUGGACCAGGACCUGGACCUGGACCUGAACCUGAGCCCAGCUGUGUGUCCUUCAAGAGUGACAACUCAAUGGGUCGUGACAUUAAUUUUAAAGCACAACUACCUCCUGCUGUAAAGAGGAGACCAGCGUCUACUGGACCUGAACCUGGACCUGAACCUGGACCUGAACCUGGACCUGGACCUGAACCUGGACCUGGACCUGAGUCCAGUUGUGUGUCCUUUAAGAGUGACCGUUCAGUGGGUCGUUACAUUGAUUUCAAAGAAGAAAAUCCUUCUGCUGUAAAGAGAGUCGACCAGGAGAGCUCAGAGGUUCCCAGAGGUCCGUCUGUCCAGCAGCAUCAGACACACCUGGACUCCAUAUUUAUGCUGCUGGAGGAGAACAUUGUGACUUUUGUGAAGAACGAGCUGAAGAAGGUCCAGAAGGUUCUGAGUUCAGAUUACCCAGAAUGCCCAGACAGUCAGAGGGAGGAUGAGGAGGAUGAAGAGCAGAGGAGGAGCAGCAGAGAGGCAUUUCUGAAGAUCACACUUCACUUCCUGAGGAGAAUGAAGCAGGAGGAGCUGGCUGACUGUCUGCAGAGCAAAAGUCAUUCUGCAGUUUGUCAGCGUAAACUCAAAUCCAACCUUCAGAAGAAGUUCCAGUGUGUGUUUGAGGGGAUCGCUAAAGCAGGAAACCCAACCCUUCUGAAUCAGAUCUACACAGAGCUCUACAUCACAGAGGGAGGGACUGCAGAGGUCAAUGAUGAACAUGAGGUCAGACAGAUUGAAACAGCAUCCAGGAAACCACACAGACCAGAAACAACAGUCAGACAAGAAGACAUCUUUAAAGCCUCACCUGGAAGAGAUCAACCAAUCAGAACAGUGAUGACAAAGGGAGUGGCUGGCAUCGGGAAAACAGUCUUAACACAGAAGUUCACUCUGGACUGGGCUGAAGACAAAGACAACCAGGACAUACAGUUCACAUUUCCAUUCACUUUCAGAGAGCUGAAUGUGCUGAGAGAGAAAAAGUUCAGCUUGGUGGAACUUGUUCAUCACUUCUUCACUGAAACCAAAGAAAUCUGCAGCUUUGAAGAGUUCCAGGUUGUUUUCAUCUUUGACGGUCUGGAUGAGUGUCGACUUCCUCUGGACUUCCACAACACUGAGAUCCUGACUGAUGUUAGAGAGUCCACCUCAGUGGAUGUGCUGCUGACAAACCUCAUCAGGGGAAACCUGCUUCCCUCUGCUCGCCUCUGGAUAACCACACGACCUGCAGCAGCCAAUCAGAUCCCUCCUGGGUGUGUUGACAUGGUGACAGAGGUCAGAGGGUUCACUGACCCACAGAAGGAGGAGUACUUCAGGAAGAGAUUCAGAGAUGAGGAGCAGGCCAACAGAAUCAUCUCCCACAUCAAGACAUCACGAAGCCUCCACAUCAUGUGCCACAUCCCAGUCUUCUGCUGGAUCACUGCUACAGUUCUGGAGGAUGUGUUGAAGACCAGAGAGGGAGGAGAGCUGCCCAAGACCCUGACUGAGAUGUACAUCCACUUCCUGGUGGUUCAGUCCAAAAUGAAGAAGGUCAAGUAUGAUGGAGGAGCUGAGACAGAUCCACACUGGACUCCAGAGAGCAGGAACAUGAUUGAGUCUCUGGGAAAACUGGCUUUUGAUCAGCUGCAGAAAGGAAACCUGAUCUUCUAUGAAUCAGACCUGACAGAGUGUGGCAUCGAUAUCACAGCAGCCUCAGUGUACUCAGGAGUGUUCACACAGAUCUUUAAAGAGGAGAGAGGACUGUACCAGGACAAGGUGUUCUGCUUCAUCCAUCUGAGUGUUCAGGAGUUUCUGGCUGCUCUUCAUGUCCAUCUGACCUUCAUCAACUCUGGUGUCAAUCUGCUGUCAGAAGAAAAAACAGCAGACCGUCAAUCUGCAGAGAAACAUCUCUACCAGAGUGCUGUGGACGAGGCCUUACAGAGUCCAAAUGGACACCUGGACUUGUUCCUCCGCUUCCUCCUGGGUCUUUCACUGCAGACCAAUCAGACUCUCCUGCGAGGUCUGCAGACACGGACAGGAAGUAUCUCACAGGCCAAUCAGGAAACAGUCGGUUACAUCAAGACUAAGUUCAGUGAGAAUCUGUCUCCAGAGAGAAGCAUCAAUCUGUUCCACUGUCUGAAUGAACUGAACGAUCGUUCUCUAGUGGAGGAGAUCCAACAGUACCUGAGGUCAGGACGUCUCUCCACAGAUAAACUGUCUCCUGCUCAGUGGUCAGCUCUGGUCUUCAUCUUACUGUCAUCAGAAAAAGAUCUGGAUGUGUUUGACCUGAAGAAAUACUCUGCUUCAGAUGAGGCUCUUCUGAGGCUGCUGCCAGUGGUCAAAGCCUCCAACAAAGCUCUACUGAGUGGCUGUAACCUCUCAGAGAGAAUCUGUGAAGCUCUGUCCUCAGUUCUCAGCUCCCAGUCCUCUAGUCUUAGAGAGCUGGACCUGAGUAACAACAACCUGCAGGAUUCAGGAGUGAAGCGACUGUUAUCUGGACUGGAGAGUCCACAAUGUGUUCUUGAAACUCUCAGGCUGUCAGGCUGUCUGAUCACAGAGGAAGGCUGUACUUCUCUGGCCUCAGCUCUGGACUCCAACCCCUCCCAUCUGAGAGAGCUGGACCUGAGUAACAACAACCUGCAGGAUUCAGGAGUGAAGCGACUGUCUGCUGAACUGAAGAGUCCACACUGUGUCCUUGAAUCUCUCAGGCUGUCAGGCUGUCUGAUCACAGAGGAAGGCUGUACUUCUCUGGCCUCAGCUCUGGACUCCAACUCCUCCCAUCUGAGAGAGCUGGACCUGAGCUACAAUCAUCCAGGAGACUUAGGAGUGAAGCAGCUGUCUGCUCGACUGGAGGAUCCAGGCUGGAGACUGGACACUCUCAGGGUGGAGCCUGCUGGAGUCCGAUGGUUGACACCAGGUCUGAGGAAGUAUUCCUGUGAGCUCACAGUCGACACAAACACAGUCAGCAGAAACAUCAAACUGUCUGACAACAACAGGAAGAUGACACGUGUGGAGGAGGAUCAGUCAUAUCCUGAUCAUCCAGAGAGGUUUGAGUCCAGGUAUCCUCAGCUGCUGUGUAGAACUGGUCUGACUGGUCGCUGUUACUGGGAGGUCGAGUGGAGAGGAAGUGUUUAUAUAUCAGUGAGUUACAGAAGAAUCAGAAGGAAAGGAGACAGUAAAGACUGUUGGUUUGGAUGUAAUGAUCAGUCCUGGAGUCUGAGGUGUGAUGGUGGUCGUUACUCUGUCUGGCACAAUAACAGAAGGACAGUCUCCUCCUCCUCCUCCUCCUCCUCCUCCUCCUUCCUCUCCUCCUCCUUCUCCUUCUCCUCCUCCUUCUCCUCCUCCUUCCUCUCCUCCUCCUCCUCCUCUGGUAGAGUAGCAGUGUAUGUGGACUGUCCUGCUGGCACUCUGUCCUUCUACAGAGUCUCCUCUGACUCACUGAUCCACCUCCACACCUUCAACACCACAUUCACUGAACCUCUUUAUCCUGGAUUUGGACUCUACUGGUCCAGUUCUGGUUCCUCCUCAGUGCGUCUGUGUGGUGUUUAGUGUGCAGAGUCUCCUCCUGUCACAGAAACAUUGUCAGUGCUGAACAGUUGAGUCUGUACAGGAUCACAGUCACAUCAAUCUUUCAGCUUCUUGGAAUAAAUUCAUCAUCAACUUUGUACAAAAUGAUUCAAACUGAUUGAAAAGAUUCUUCAUUUACAUUUGAAACUUCUUCCAUUAAAUUGUGGAAAUUGCGUUGACUUGUACUUUCUGUCAUGUGUUGUUUUGAAUUCUGGCUCUUGUUCCAAUAAAAUC